AUGCCAUCCCAUCGACAGAGGCAGCAGAGAAAUGUCAGCAGGAGGAACAAGAAGGAACCCCGAUUGGGGUUGCUUCACCUGCCCUUCGAGCUCAUCAACAUGAUUCUCGAUGAGAUUGAUUACAUCAAUGACCUCAGCAGCUUCUCGCAGGUGAACCGAGCCUUGCUCGAAGCCUACCAGUACAGUGUUUUCGCCGAUGUCGCUGACUGGAGAACUGUAAUGGAUGGUGAAAUCGACGUUAUACUGGAUUUAUUCUAUCACGGAGUACGCCACGACUCUGUUCGGAUCGUCACCAUUCUCACCCACUAUGUGCGCGACAUGGAGAUCAAGGGAUAUAUGCCCACUGAGCCUUUCAAGACUAGAAGGAUCACAUACUUCCACCAUGCGCUCAUCGCAGAUGCCCCCAAGGUCUCGGCUUAUCUCGCUGCGGCGGGCGAAGACAUGUUCGACGAAAGCUUUGAGUUCUACCCAAGUAUGGCGGCCAUUCAUCAUGCCCUGUUCCCACAGACCGUGGCCACCCAAUGGGAGCUCAACAAGGCUCUUCGUGUCGCUUGCAACUACGGCCUUUCCCGCACGGCAUACGUCCUCUUGGAGCGUGGGGCCGAUCCCAUGGAUACGAGCCCUUUUGGUCUGAUGCCCAUCCACCUGGCCUUGACUAAUCGCCAACCCUGGUGGGAUUCGGGCAAGUAUGACUCCUCCCGUCUACGUAACUUCCAACUCAGGCCCAAAGUCCACCACCUAGAUUGGGAGGAACUGGCGCGGUGGAACAUUUCCGCGCUGCUCAAGUUUGGCUGUCCCUUGGACCUUAGAUCUGCGCAGAUGCGCCGGCACAAGUGCGACCACAAAUGCUUGGGAUCUCUCGAUUGCGAUCAUCAUGAGCAGACACCACUGCACAUGGCAGCCAAGAUCGAUUUCGCAAACGUCACCGAGUACCUUCUCAACAAAGGCGCCGACCCUUACACGCCGAACGGAGAGGGUUACACCCCUCUAUACUGCGCCAUCGUGCACGGAAGCUCCACGGCGGCCGGUGUCCUAUUCAGACGCUGCCAACCCGUUGUGAACCCGAUUGUGCACAUCCCUACAGGAACGACGGCGUUGCACAUAGCCUGUAGGUUCGCCUUACCUUCAAUGGUCGACUGGCUGCUGGAAGCAGGCGCGGCCCCGAAUGUCAUCAACAACCAAGGCCUGAGUCCUCUGCACGAAGUGCUCUGUCAGACUCAGCCUGAUCGCAGCCGCCAGGUGUAUUUGGUUCUGAAAAGUCUUGCCCGUUUCAACGCAAACCCUGCUACCCCUAGUUGCGCUCCCAAAACGCCCUGGGAAAUGGCCAGAAACCACCCAUUCCCCGACGUGCAGGAGAUGUUUGCCGACCGCACGCUGAUGACGUUCUGGGAGCUGGACCAACUGAGUGGCGGCAAAACUAGUGCCCCUCGCAAGGGCCGGCGUCAGAGAAAGCGCGGAAACCAGGGCAUAAAGCGCGCCGACAAGCAGGCACCUUGGCAGACCGUUGCCACUUCACCUCCGAUAGAGCCAGAGUUCCCGCCGACUCGGGUUGACUGUGGGCGGGAGACUCCGGACCCGUGGACAGAUAAUGACGCGUUGAAUGACAAUGACCCAUGUACUAGGAUUUGCCCGUUGGAUCCAAAGAGCGCCUGGGGUGACGAGUGGCUUGACAACAACUGGUAUGGUGGGGAGCGCGAGUAUGAUGAAAUGAAAGCGUUGACGCCAGACACAAGAGCCGAGGACAACUUUGUGGACUUUGGGGAGGACCUCGUCGCGUUUGACACAAACACUCCAAUCAAACCCUUCCCGCCAAAGCUGCUGACUUUGAACAAUCUGCCCGCAAAGCCGAAGUCGAAUGCGUCCCUGUUUCCUGAGCUAGAGAGCCGAGAUGCUGCCAAGAAGGCCGCAAGUGAAGAUGCUUCGACCAGCCCACAAGGAACCAAAAAAGUGCAAUCAAGGAACAAGUGA